AUGUGCGUGAGUCAGUGCGUGUAUGAAUUACAUCUACAGUUAUCGCGGUUCUUAGAUAAUGAUAUGUGGACAGUGCUGGACGCCAUGACACACAGCCGGGCUGAGAACAUAGGUACGCAGACAACAAAACGGCAAGAACACAAAUUGACGAACCUAAUUAAACACAUCUACCCGCAUAAGUCGCUCAAGGUCGCGACAAAAAGUACUGAAGCAGUGACGGUCGUCAAUUUGUCAUCCAAAGAAUUGUCCGAGGACACUGUGUCUGUGUUAUCCCGUGGACUCAACUUUGCACCAACACCGCGCAGAAUACCCGUUGAGGAUAUUAUUACAAAUAUUGAAAAUACCAUCUUCAGAAAUAAAAUACCUCACGGAGAUGCUGAUUGCCUGCGCCAGGAUGUGUCUACGUUAUUGCGUAAGUCUCCCCUGCCUAAGAGCAAUAUUACCCUCAAGGAGGUUAGUGCCCUGCGGGAGUUGCGCAAUGAUGAGUCAUUGUUAGUGCUACCGGCCGACAAAGGUAACGCCACUGUAGUCGUCGACACCGAAGCGUACGAACACAAGAUAACGCAAAUGGUGGGCGACACAAGUGUUUAUUGUAAAGUUAGUUACAACCCUACAUCCCGAGUCACGACGAAGAUAAACAAACUUCUCCACAUCAUCGGUGACAAGGAGCUGGUAGCACAACUACGUCCACUCAAUCCGACACCACCCAAAAUUUAUGGUUUGCCAAAAAUACACAAAUCAAAUUGGCCCCUACGACCUAUAGUUAGCCAGAUAGACGCACCGACCUAUAAACUGUCGCGUCACCUGGCUACACUAUUACAACCAUACACGGGCCAAACGAGUAGCUACGUGAGAGACUCCCGUCAUUUUGUUGAGUUGCUAGAGGGUAUACAGCUGCAGGACACAGAUAUAAUGGUUAGUUUUGACAUUACGUCGCUGUUUACCAACGUACCAGUAGAUGAGGUCAUACGAAUUAUCACAACCCUUUUAGGCGGAACUACACUACCUACUGGCUACGUUGAGAGUAUCACGUAUUGUCUUAAAAGUGGAUAUUUCCUGUGGCGAGGGGACUUUUACCUCCAAAUUGACGGAGUGGCUAUGGGCUCACCACUGGCGCCCGUUGUGGCAAACAUCUUCAUGGAGUGGUUUGAGAAAAAAGCACUAGACUCUGCAAACGUGAAACAGCGAUACUGGUGGCGAUAUGUAGAUGAUAUCUUUGCUGUCGUCGCCCGGGACGCAUUGAAGGACCUGACGUCACACCUAAAUCGGGUGCACGCGAAGAUAGAGGUCACCAUAGAGGAGGAAAAAGAAGGAAAGUUACCGUUCCUGGACGUACUGGUCAUCCGAGAGCCGAACGGACGGGUGACUCAUACCGUAUACCGGAAGCCAACGCACACAGACCGGUACCUACGAGCCGACUCCCAUCACCACCCCUCACACCUAUCUUCGGUGCCUCGUACGCUGCUGAACCGAGCACUCGCUCUCUGCGACCAUGAAUACGUCAAUGCGGAACUGAGGCAUAUUUUGGGGGACUCGGAGCAAGAAUUCGUGGAUAAAAAUGUUUGUUACAAGCAGAGAUCCAACCGCGACCUUUACCAGUCGUCUAUCCGUGCCUUACCAAUAUUUCACAGGAAAUAUUAUACCAUUGCAUUCCCAAUGAGGUUCGUAAGCCCUUACUUCGUAGUCAGCAAUUGCGUCACAACCAGGAAGCGAUCGCAACUCGGUCGCCGUCAAUCGCACGUUACGAAUGGUUGUCGCGGGUCAUUGGGCAUUCACAAUGAAUGGGCUAAAAGCUAG